AUGGUCACUCAUCGCUUAUUAUUACCUUCCAGAAUCAUCAUUUUCUCCCGCGCUAAAACCCCUCACACUCGUCUUAAACCUCUCAAAACCUUUACAUCAUCUGCACCAGCUCCCGAAUCCCCAUCCUCUUCCUGUUCGUAUUCGGAUUCGGACCCAUACUUGGUGGAUAAACUCUGUUUCAGUUUGGAGCAAGGUAACAACAAAACCUUUACUUCUCACCUGACUCAACUAAACCCUCUAACCGUCGUCGAGGUUUUACACCGUUGCCGCAACGAUCUAACUCUAUCCCAAACCUUCAUCCAUCAGUUAGCUCUAAACCUUCCCAAUUUCAAACACACAUCUUUAUCCCUAAGCGCAAUGAUCCACAUCCUCGUGAGGUGUGGAAGGCUCUCCGAUGCACAGAGCUGCCUUCUCAGAAUGAUUAGAAGAAGCGGCGUUUCUAGAGCAGAGGUUGUUACCUCAUUAGUUUCGACUUACACUAACUGCGCCUCCAACGAUUCGGUUUUCGAUUUGUUGAUUAGGACUUACGUGCAAGCUAGAAAGCUAAGAGAAGCUCACGAGGCUUUUACAUUGCUUAGAAGCAAAGGCUACACUGUCUCUAUAGAUGCUUGCAACGCUCUAAUAGGUAGCUUGGUGAGGCUAGGGUGGGUUGAAUUGGCUUGGGGUGUUUAUCAUGACGUUUCCAAGAGUGUUGGUGUUAUUAAUGUCUACACUCUCAAUAUCAUGGUUAAUGCCUUGUGCAAAGAUGGUCAGAUUGAUAAAGUUGGAGCCUUUUUAUCACAUGUGCAAGAGAAGCUUGGAGUUUAUCCUGAUAUUGUUACGUAUAAUACGUUGAUAAGUGCUUACUCUAGUAAAGGUUUUAUGGAUGAGGCGUUUGAGUUGAUGAAUGCUAUGCCGAGUAAAGGGUUUAGUCCUGGUGUUUAUACUUAUAACACUGUGAUUAAUGGUUUGUGUAAGCAUCGGAAAUACGAGAGAGCUAAGGAGGUUUUCGCUGAGAUGUUGAGGUCUGGUUUGAGUCCUGACUCUACUACCUAUAGAUCAUUGUUGAUGGAGGCUUGUAAGAAGGGAGAUGCGGUUGAAGUGGAAGAGAUUUUUAGUGAUAUGAGAUGUAGGGAUGUUGUUCCGGAUUUGGUUUGCUUUAGCUCGAUUAUGAGUCUUUUUGCGAGGAGUGGAGAUCUCGACAAGGCGUUGGUGUAUUUUAGCUUUUUGAAGGAUGCUGGUCUGGUUCCUGACAAUGUGAUCUACACAGUUCUUAUCCAAGGGUAUUGUAAGAAAGGUAUGAUCUCUGAAGCUAUGGAUUUGAGAAAUGAAAUGCUGAGGCAUGGUUGUUGUAUGGAUGUUGUUGCCUACAAUACCAUCUUGCACGGCUUAUGCAAAAGGAAAAUGUUGGGUGAUGCUGAUAAAUUGUUUAAAGAGAUGACCGAGAGGGGCUUGUUUCCAGACUCUUACACUAUAACCAUACUUAUUGAUGGGCACUGUAAGCUUGGGAACCUGCAUAACGCGAUGGAGCUUUUUAAGAAGAUGAAAGAAAAGAGGAUCAGACUCGAUGUUGUGACAUACAACACGCUGUUAGAUGGGUUUGGUAAAGUAGGCGAUAUCGAUUCAGCAAAAGAGAUAUGGACAGAUAUGGUAUCAAGAGACAUACAACCGACUCCAGUGUCGUACAGCAUUCUGGUUAACGCGCUGUGCAGUAAAGGCCAUCUCUCUGAAGCAUUUCGAGUUUGGGAUGAGAUGAUCAGUAAAAGUAUAAAGCCAACGGUCAUGAUUUGUAAUUCAAUGAUUAAGGGCUAUUGCCGUUCUGGUAAUGCCUCCGAUGGAGAAAGCUUUUUGGACAAGAUGGUCUCAGAAGGUUUUGUGCCGGAUAUCAUCACUUACAACACAUUGAUAUACGGUUAUGUUAGAGAAGAAAAUAUGAGCAAAGCUUUUGGUUUGGUGAAGAAGAUGGAGGAGAAGCAAGGAGGAUUAGUGCCUGAUGUCUUUACGUACAAUUUCAUCUUACAUGGGUUUUGUAGACAAAAUCAGAUGAAAGAAGCUGAGGCUGUAUUGAGGAAGAUGAUUGAGAGAGGUGUAAAUCCUGACAAGUCAACGUAUACUUGUCUGAUCAAUGGAUUUGUUUCUCAAGAUAACUUAACCGAGGCGUUUCGAUUUCACGAUGAGAUGUUGCAGAGAGGAUUCUCCCCUGAUGAUCAAUUCUGAUUCAGUUUCUUUGCAAUCUUGCUCAUUAACUGAGGAAGGGGACCACGGGAGACAUACACAUUCCAUCGCUACUCUCCUGUCACAUUCUUCUGAGUCAAGACGUGGAAAUGACAGAGAAACAUAUGGCUGGAGGUGGCAACUGAUUGUAGUUGCAUUUUGUUGAGUCACAAAAAAUUAAUUGCUUUCUUUUUUUGGACAAACUCUUACUAUACACUCACGUCUCCUCUUGUUCACAAUUGAAAGAA